AUGGCAGACCCUUUCGAGGUCCGCAUGAGGUUCUCUGGCCAGCUGCAGCACCUCAACGCCAGCGUCAUGUCGGCACAGAAGGCUGCUCAGUAUGCGCUCAAGAACAAGGACAUGAGUGAGGACUUGCAUUCGUGUAUUUUGGAGCAGCUCGAGAAGAAUAACUCGAUGAACACGCGCGCCAACAUCAUGUACUUCAUUGAGCACUUGCUCGAGCUUGCUUGUAAGGAGAACAAAUCCAACGUCUAUGUACGCAUGAUGCAGCGUGAUAUAAUAAGAGUUGUCGAUGCUGUGUGCCCUGAAGAUGGCUCUGGUGCUGCCAACGUCAAGGUGGUUCGGAAAGUUCUGCAAGGUCUAAACACGAUGGGGGUUUUGAGUGACCAGACCAUAGUCGAGAUCAACGAAUGCCUCAAAGACCGCAACGUUUCCCACGGCGAUUUUACUCUCGAGUCUCCAGCCCUCAAGGCAGCGACCCCUUCCUUGAACGCCGAAGUCAACGGGGCCACCCUGGGCCAAAGCCGCAAUCGAAACAGUACGAGUGCUACUGCUGCGCCUCCUCGUCUCGAGAAGCGUCAAAUCGAGCAGAGGAUCGAGGAGGAUCGCGAGCGUCACAAAAAACGUCGCGAAAACAUCUGGGCUGUACCACGCGAUCCGCAGGUUGAGAUGUGGAAGUUCUUUGACGACACCAGCGAUCUGGGCGAGGAUGACCAUAUUCUGGGCCGUGAGGAGCGGGCAGAGUGCAGGAAGGUGUUCAACGAGAACCUCUGCUCCCACAUGAAGAGCCCAAGGAAGGAGGCUACCAAUGGCCAUUCUGCUCAUUAG